GCGCGCUCAGGCGCGGCCGCCGGGCCUCCGGGGCUGAGCCGGGAGCCGCGCGAGGAGGAGGCGCCGGCGGCGGAGCCCGCUCGGGAGCCGCGGCGGCGGGCAGCGCGGCGGACCCAGUACUAUGGCUGUGUAUUGCUAUGCACUCAACAGCCUGGUGAUUAUGAAUAGCGCCGAGCAGGUGAAGAGCGGAGGCCCCCGGCCCAGCAGCAGCGAGACGCCCCCGCCGCCGGGCAGGGCCGUGCUGAGCCCCGGCAGCGUUUUCAGCCCCGGGAGAGGCGCCUCUUUCUUCUUCCCACCCGCCGAGUCGUUGUCGCCCGAGGAGCCCGGGAGCCCCGGGGGCUGGCGGAGCGGCCGGCGCAGGUUGAGCGGCGGCAGCUGCAGCAGCGUGGGCAGCCCGAGUUGGCCGGGCCGCCCGCGAGGGGACGGGCAGCAGGUGGUGACCGCCGGUUCCCUCUCCCCUCCGGGGCCGGAGGAGGCCCAGAGGAAGCUGCGAAUCCUGCAGCGCGAGUUGCAGAAUGUGCAGGUGAACCAGAAAGUGGGCAUGUUCGAGGCGCACAUCCAGGCGCAGAGCUCCGCCGUCCAAGCGCCCCGCAGCCCGCGUCUGGGCAGGGCUCGCUCGCCCUCCGCCUGCCCCCUCCGCAGCAGCAGUCAGCCCCCAGGGAGGGCCCUGGCUCAGAGCGAGGAACGGAGGACAAAGUCGUGGGGGGAGCAAUGUCCAGAGACUGCAGAGGCCGGCUUCUCGGCCGGGAGAGGAAGAGCGCCGGGCCUGUGCCUCUCCGAGGGCGACGAGGGGGUGGCACAUUUCCCCCACCCUGACGCCCCGUCAGGACCAGGGGUUCAGGGUGCAGCGGUUUCUGCAAGAAUGGAGAAGGGGACCCCGGCCAGACCCCACUGUGGCUCAUCUAGAGCUAUGGAAAUUGACAAGAGAGUCUCUCCGCCUUCGGGGACGCGCAGCUGCCAAGCUCCCCCGUCGGGGCUGGUCGGCGUGAACUUAGGGAUGGCCACAGAGGAGACAGCGAGAGCCACAUCCAGUGGGCCACACCAUCCACACGACGCUGGCCUCAUUGAGCGGCCUGAGAGGGCCCGCGAGCUCGGGGGUGUGCACCCCGGGGAAUCCCUGGUGCAGAGUCAGGGGCAGUCUCUGGGCAGCCAGACAAGCCCAGCCCCAGAGAGGGGCGGGCCCGGCAGCGGAGAGCCCCCUGGGAAGGUGGGGAAAGGAGAUCCGCCCGGUGGCGCGCAGGGGCCUGGGGCGCCUAAAGCCGGAAGGCCAGAGGACAGGACUGUGAACGCGCAAAGCUUGGAGCUUUCUGAGGCCCCGAGCCGGGUCAGGCCACCCCCAGACCUGGGCUCUAUAGGCCCCGAGGUGACCCAGGGUGGGGCCCCAGUGAUCAGGGAGCCUCCACAGCACUCUAGGGGAGUGGAUGAAGGGUCUCCAACGGCGUGGGGCUUGCUUGGGGGCAACCGCUCUGCACAGCCAGAGAUCCAGGAGGUGGACGCAGGAAUUUCCUCUGGCCGAAUGCUGGAGGCUUUGCCCUCCUGGGAAGCCGUGAAAGAUCUGAAAGAACCUCCGUGCCUUCCUGGGGACAAGCUGGGGGUGCAGCCUGGGAGCUCCGGGGCUUGGCUGGGCCCCAUGGAGGCAGCCCAGCUGGCUUGGACGUGUGGCACAGGGGUGCAGUCGGAGGGUGCUUGGGGAAGCCCCCAGCAGGACAGAGCUACCCACCCCAGCCCAGAGCUGCUCUCCCCAGACGGGAAGGACAAGCCUUCCCCGAGAGAGGCCUGCAGCCCCAGCAAUAUACCCGCCGUCAUCAUCACAGACAUGGGUGCCCAGGAGGACGGGACCUUGGAGGAGGUACAGGGAAGCCCCCAGGGUAGCCUGCCCUUGAGGAAACUGUCAUCUUCAUCUGCCUCCUCCACGGGCUUCUCCUCCUCCUACGAAGACUCAGAGGAGGACAUCUCCAGUGACCCUGAGCGCUGCCUGGACCCCAACUCCGCCUUCCUGCAUACCCUGGACCAGCAGAAGCCCAGAGUGAGCAAAUCAUGGAGGAAAAUAAAAAACAUGGUUCACUGGUCUCCCUUUGUCAUGUCCUUCAAGAAGAAGUACCCCUGGAUCCAGCUGGCAGGACAUGCAGGGAGCUUCAAGGCGGCAGCCAACGGCAGGAUCCUGAAGAAGCACUGUGAGUCUGAGCAGCGCUGCCUGGACCGGCUGAUGGCCGACGUGCUGAAACCCUUUGUACCCGCCUACCACGGGGACGUGGUGAAGGACGGGGAGCGCUACAACCAGAUGGACGACCUGCUGGCCGCCUUUGACUCUCCCUGCGUGAUGGACUGCAAGAUGGGCGUUAGGACCUACCUGGAGGAGGAGCUCACCAAGGCCCGGAAGAAACCCAGCCUCCGCAAGGACAUGUACCAGAAGAUGAUUGAGGUAGACCCUGAUGCCCCGACCGAGGAGGAGAAGGCCCAGCGGGCUGUGACCAAGCCUCGGUACAUGCAGUGGAGGGAGACCAUCAGCUCCACCGCCACCCUCGGGUUCAGGAUCGAGGGCAUCAAGAAAGAAGACGGCUCCGUGAACCGAGACUUCAAGAAGACCAAAACGAGGGAGCAGGUCACCGAGGCCUUCAGAGAGUUCACUAAGGGGAACCACAACAUCCUGAUCGCCUACCGGGACCGGCUGAAAGACAUUCGUGCCACCCUAGAAGUUUCUCCCUUCUUCAAAUGCCAUGAGGUCAUCGGCAGCUCACUCCUUUUCAUCCAUGACCAGAAGGAGCAGGCCAAGGUGUGGAUGAUCGACUUCGGAAAAACCACACCCCUGCCCGAGGGCCAGACCCUGCAGCACAACGUGCCUUGGCAGGAGGGGAACCGGGAGGACGGCUACCUCUCGGGUCUGAACAACCUCAUCGACAUCCUGACAGAAAUGUGCCAGGGCGCCCCGCUUGCCUGAGGCCCCCCUGUGCCCGCCUCGCCACACCCUCCCUUCCUCCCCCUGUGCUUCCUUUUUUCUCCUUCCUUUUCUCUUCGUGUCUAGGGAAGUGCGAGCCCCAGAACUGACCCUCCUGAACUGCACUACAAGACACUUUGUAGAAACGAGAUGGAGAUUUCCAAGAGCAGAGGGGAGAUUUUCUGGUGACUUUCCUCAUGAAGGGCUUGAAGCUGGGGUCUCCACUUCUGUCUAUCCGUCGGAUCUCCGAGCAGAAGAGGAAUGCCCAGACCAGGGCUCAGCGGCCUAUAGGGCAGCUCUGUUGGGUUUAGGUCUGGAAGCAGGCUCAGGUGGCCACUGGGUGGGCUCCUAACCCAGCAGCCAGCUCCAGCCUCCGCUCGGGCUUCCUGUGGGGGCCUGCUGCCCCCUGGUGGCCCGUGCGGUCAGUGAGCUGCCCAGCUCAGCACACAGGCUGGGGGGCCGCAGUGAGGGGGUUGUAAGAACCCUGGCUUCAGCAGGUGCCUGGCUGCAGGCUUCUGGUAGUUGGGGUACCAAGCCACUGGGAACUGCAUGUUGGCCUUUAGCAGUCCAGGGGCGCCCCCAGACGGUGGUGGCCUGCUAACACAGGGCUCCCACCCAUCUGGUAUUGAAACCCUCCAGCUUUGGGCCAGACCUGGGAGUUCGGAGAUUAGCUAGAGUUGACUGGCUGUGCUCUCUGACCUAGGCCUUUGCAGGAGGGGGCAGGCAGGAGCUGUGCUCUUCCCUCUGAUGCUCACCCUCUGAAUUCAGAGGACACUCUGCACACCUGAGCUUCCAGGGAUGUCCCUCCAACCCCCCAGAGCCAUUUGUGCCUCCAGCCACCCACCUUGCAGUGCCGAGGUUGGGGGCACCGGGUGGGGUGGGCCGGGGCAUAGCCAGCCCCGGAGAAAGAAGACGGAACCUACAGAGCACAGAUCCCACACAUCCCUUCACCCCCCACCACCCCCACCUCCCUGGGCUUCUUUCAUGAGGUCAGGUCCCCAGAAGGUUUGGGGUGGGCUUCAGGGCAGCGCUAAGCAGGUUUCUGGCUUACUGGCCUCAUCUCCCCCCUAAAGUAACUCUUAGUGCCUGAAGGGCUUAGACCCACAUUUCCCAAAUGUGGUGUGGGCAGCUCCCAGGGUAGGUGGUGGGUGCCAGGGAUGGGGAGGGGGUGCUCCAGGCAUCUCUCCCUGGAGUCUCCAGGUUGCCUAAAGAUGGCUGGGGAAGCCAUUAAGCUGUGUUUUAAUUUUCAAGCAAAUUACGUCUCUGUUAUGGAGAAGAAUGUAAAAUUGGCCAGACUUUAAGAACAAAGCACUCAGCUCUCUGGCCAUGCGGAGCUGUGUACCCCAGGUGCCCUCCUUUGUCCGUGCAGGUACGGGCGGGGGCGGGGGGGGGGCGGAAUUGAGCUCUGACCAGGCAGCAGGUGCUGGGGCCAGUUUCUCUGCUGGGAGCUGUUUCAGGGACACGGUGGAGACGUGUGCACCCAGGUGUGUGCGCCUGGAGGGACCAGUUCAGAGGUUUCCUGGGCUGCCGCCCCAGGGCCUCUGGGGGACCUCCGACCUCCCUACACGACACCAGCAUUUCCCCUUUCGGGUGGGGUGAGUAACGGUGGGGGCAGAGGGUGGGACACAUGAGGAUGUUUAAGUACAGAUUUUUUUAAAAAGGAAAUCACUUUUAAACUUCCUGGCUCUUGUUCAAAAACAGUAGUGAGCUCCCGUGGGGGGUUUGCUAAAGGUCACGCCCCCGCCCAGCUGAGCGAGAGAGGCCUCGUGACAGCAUGUGACCUCUGAAGGCAGGAGCACCAAAGGCAGCUCUGGGUCUCCUUCCGGAGCUGGAGUGACUUGUGGCUCGGAAGGGGCCUGAGGGAGGGACUUAAAUUCUGACAUUGAGAUUCAAGAUUCCAGCACUGUGGGCUGGCCAGAAAUCGUCCUCUAUCUACCAAGAAAGUUUGCUAAAGCAAAUGAUUGCUCCAAACAAAAAGUGCAGGUGGCCAGCUUUAUCUACUUAAGAGAACAAAAUUUCCAAGCACUUUAAACAGGCACCGAUGGUUUGCAAACGAUGGGCUGAAGUGCAAGUGAUAUAUUUGUCAGAGGAGGUCCGUGCUGCCUCAUUGGCAGUGGGUUUCUUUGGGUCCCGUUCUGACUGUGAAAGUGGUAUGAAGCGGCAUCUUCGUAGGGUUAUUCUCUUCCUUAGGGUUGGGGUUCUGUAUUUACUCGCUAACUGUUCUCCCCCAUUCCCUGCCGCCUCCUUCUCCUAGAGGGGUAGAUGGAUCCCGAGUGGAAUUUCUCAGAACCCUUCCCUGCCCAGCCCCAGCCCCCACAGGGACGCCUUGGGUCCUGGCCGUGCAGGGGCCGGGAGGGUGAGCCAAGCCGUGUGCGCACAGGUACACGGACAGCCUUCCUGCCUGGUCCUUGCCGGGCCCCCAGGGGGUUCUCGGUGAGCAGCAUGCUUCACGUAUUCGAGGAAGGUUUCUCUUGCCUUUAGUGUCGUGUAAGAAGUUUUUAAGUUAUAUUUAUUUUUUCCAGUUUUUUUAAUUGCACAAAACACUAAGACUGGGAGGCUGGAUUCUGUUUGUCCUUUAAAGCUGUGCCUUCUUUCUGAACUUCUUUUCCCACUUGGGGGAAAGAGCCCGGACACAGCACUGCACCCCCCCCCCAGAUGGACUCUUUCCCCUGUUCGCUGUAUCUAGCUUUGAGUUUGCCUGCAUCCAGUCCACACCCUGCCCCCGUGUGUAUAUAACCCAGGCCACCAGCCUGGGAAGAGGCGGGGGAUUCACAACCCCUCCAGCCAGUGCCUUUCUUCAACUCCCCAGAGGGUUCUCUUUCCUUCUGCGCCCCUUUCUCUGCGACACCUUGGAGUAAACAACUGUUACAAACCACGCCCCCCCACAGUGCCUGUCAGACCGCGCCGCUCUGUACCUUCUGAAUAAAGGCCCGAA